GUCUGUCUGCCUGUCUGUCUGUCUACCUGUGUGUCUGUCUGUGUACCUGUCUGUCUGUCUGCCUGCCUGUCUGUCUGUCUACCAGACUGCCUGUCUAUCUGUCUGCCAGACUGACUCGGUUUAUACAUCUUAACUAUUUCUAAUUCAUUGCCUUUGCCCACCCAAACGAUCCCAGAAAUCGUUGGACAGAAAGCUUUCAGUCACUCUCCCUUUACUUUACGUAGUGGCAAAUUAACUGAAUGGCCAUGCUGUCUUCGGUCCUACAGGGCAACUGUUAGAACCGCGUGUAAAAAAAAAGCGAAAUUUGAAGUCGCAGCAUCAUGGUAUCACCAACGUUGAUAAAGAGCAACUAAUUCUGGGUGUAAAUGUUCGAUGGCUGAUCAUGAAAAGGUUGAUACCUGCUUAGAUUAUGCUUUCCCACAACGUUUCAAAGCUUUGGAGCAAUGCCCACCUUCUAAUAGAGUUGAUACGAUGAAAUAACUAGUUUUCAGUUCACAAACAAAGCCAGAAAAUUGAAAUUGGUCUAAGAAGUUGAACAUAACAAAGGUUUGUCACGAGAAGUGUUCGACUAACUUCUUACCUCUAGGUCGAAUCAAAUUAUAAUCUAAUUUAAUCAUAAUUAAUUAAUUUAAUAAUUUUUGCAUUUUCCGCUUACCAUACCAGCUGCUUCCAUAGCUACACGUACUAUUACUACUGCGCGUGCGUUGUAUCCACGACCCAGGCCUCGGGCUCCCGUGAAGGCUCCCAGAAGGACUAGCAUUAGCGCUUGAGGGUGCACUUAUACUGUAACCCCGCAAUCGAUGAUGACUCGCUCGUAUAGGGACUGGGUUAGACGCUGGAGGAGACAUAGCAGCACUGAGUGGCCGCGAGGGACUGGCCAGCUUCUGCAUAAGAAGACUAGACUCGAUCGUAGUAGGAACGGAGUUGCUCAGAUGUCCAGAUUUCGGCUCAUCAUCGGGAUUCGGCAGCAGUUCGGAGCUUCCAAANUUUGGAGACUGGAGUUUAUCUACUCCGUCAUUUUCGAACAUGUUUUCCAGUUCUUUUCUCAAGACCAAGGGAUUAAGGUAGGUAACAGUGAUCAAUUCUCUUUCCUCGGGCGGUCUGGACACUGAAAUACAGACAACACAAGAAUAUUUAUUCAUUUACUCAUUCAUUCAUCUCACAGAAAUAUGCCCAAAUCGGGUGGCACUUGCUGAUGGUUAAACAAAGUGAACAUUAAUCACAUGACUUCCCUCGGGGCGUGGUGAGCAAAUACUUAGCAAGAAAUAAAGAUUUUUAUAUAAUCCACCACGGAAUAACCCACAGGGGGAAAAGGAGCAAGCCACUGGCACAAAGAUUUCUAGGAUGGUUUGGUUCGAUAAUAGCAGCAACGAAUAUACUUAGCAAGUUUCCAACAAUUUUCUGGUAGAUUGGUUUCCCUAAAUCAAGGGAUCAGGUUUAUAUUUUAGGCGAUACAAAUUGUGAUCAAUCACUAAACUAUCCUGAUGAUCCAACAAAAGCCUUGAGAAAUUUAUGCAGCAUUUAUUGGGAAAAACACAAAAAACAAACAAACAAAAAACAGUGCAAGCCGAUAAUAUUACCUGGGUAAAUUAAAUCUAACUGUCGAGCGAUUUGCCUGUUUGUCUGUCUAUCAAUCUAUGGCCCCGUUUUUAUAAAGAAAAGUUGUCCCCGUUAGAAGGGUCACUCGCCUACCCCAGCUUGCCAGGGCGUCACAACUUUUAAUACAUUUUCUUACAAAACGUAACGAAUCUUUCAUGUGAGAAGCAAAAAGUUGGCUGGAAGGGUUAUCCGCCUAGCUGGGUUACCCUUUUGCGAUGAUAGGGUCACCCUCCUGGUCGGUUUUCGCCCAGCAGGGUCAACUCGGUCAAGGGGAGACAAUUAGAGCAUGCGCGAGCGCUGUCGUCAGCUUUUGGACAGGGCAAAAGGGUAACCUUAUUCUCAAAUUACGCUAAAGUUGACACGGCAGAGACAAGUUUUCUCCAUAUAAACGGGGUCUGUCUGUCUACCUGUCUGUCUGCCUGCCUGUCUGUCUGCUUCCCAUGAUUUUCUUUAAUUGGUAUGUUAACAUUGACAAAGGCAUAACCAAUUUGAUUGUGAUUCUUGAUCUUGCCAAAGCCUUUGAUACCGUUUCACAUAAUAUUUUAUUAAAAAAACUUGAGCUCUAUGGUCUGAAGGGGGUAACGCUCGUGUGGUUUUCAUGGUACCUAUGAGAUAGGCAACAGCAGUGUAUAGUAGAGGGCUGUGUUUCUAAGCCCCAGUUAAUAAGUCGUGGAGUUCCACAGGGUUCAAUUUUAGGCCCUUUGCUGUUUUUUUACAUAUAUUAAUGAUCUCCCUGGAUGUCUUCUCCAUACCAAGCACACAUGUAUGCCGAUGGUACCACGAUAUAUGCGUCCUCUGUAUCCACUGUUGAACUAUAUGCCAAGGUAAAUAAUGACCUAACUCGCGUUAGGGACUGGCUUGCAAAUAAGUUGAGCUUAAAUGUCUCUUAAACGGAGUAUAU